AAAGGGUAAUAUCGGCAGAUCCCUAGCAGGAAUUUAAUUUACAGUCCGUAUAUUGGUUCUAAGGGCGUUUAUUAAAUAAAUUGACAACAGACAGGUCACGAGUCAUUUGUGUUGUAUGCACUCUUCAGAAUCGCCGCCAUUAUAUGAGAUGAUUAUAGAAUAAGGAGCGUGGAGCCGCUGCCCACACCGGGAAUCCUCCCCCAGCCCCUCUGUGCACUGCGCUGACAGGGGGUUUAAAGUCCACCGGCCCCCCCGAGAGAGGCGUGCGGAGCGACAAGCUAAAAGCGGUGAUUUUUUUUUGGAGCCUCCCCGGAACGCAGGCCGCUGAAACAGCCACGGAGGUCCCUCCGCCCGACCGCGCCCCCCCGCGAGGAUGAAGCUGAAAGAGGACAUGAACCCGCUGCUGCUGCAGGUGUUCCGCUCCGUUGUCUGGGUCUACUCCUUCAUCACCUUCCUCCCCUGGUACCUGCUCUCCGGCGCCAACCUGGAGCGGGGCAAGCGGGUGAAGGCGCUGUCCGUCAGUGGCCACCCGGGGGGGCCCUACCGCGCGGUGAACAGCGUGCGGCAGCUGGCCUCCACGCUCUACCCAGGCUGCGACACGCUGGAUAAGGUGUUCGACUACGCCAGGCAGCGCUUCCCCGACAGGGACUGUCUGGGGACCCGCGAGGUCCUCUGUGAGGAGGACGAGGCGCAGCCCAACGGGAAGGUCUUCAAGAAGGUCAUCCUGGGGGACUACAUAUGGCUGUCGUAUGAGGAGGCUUAUCAGGCUGCGGUGCGGUUUGGCAGCGGUCUGGCUGCUCUGGGUCAGAGGCCCCAGUACAACAUCGCCAUCUUCUGUGAGACACGAGCCGAGUGGCUCAUCUCUGCUCAGGCCUGCUUCAUGUACAACUUCCCACUCGUCACUUUGUAUUCCACUCUGGGAGGUCCAGCCAUCGCUCAUGGUCUGAAUGAGACGGAGGUCACCCACAUUAUCACCAGUAAAGACCUGCUCCAGACCAGGCUCAAGGACAUUCUGCUGGAGGUGCCCAGGCUCCAGCACAUCAUCGUCGUGGACGAUAAGCCCACCACGUGGCCAGGCUUUCCCAGGGGCAUCAGUGUGCACAACAUGGCAACCGUGCAAGAGCUGGGAGCCAAGCCAGAGAACCUGUCCAAGCCGCACAGGCAGCCGCUGCCCUCGGACAUCGCUGUCAUCAUGUACACUAGCGGAUCCACAGGCAUCCCCAAGGGCGUGAUGAUCUCCCACAGCAACAUCAUCGCUGGCAUCACAGGCAUGGCGGAGCGGAUCCCCAACCUCGGUGAGAAUGACACCUACAUUGGGUACCUGCCGCUGGCUCACGUGCUGGAGCUGAGCGCAGAGCUGGUGUGCGUGUCUCAUGGCUGCCGCAUUGGCUACUCCUCCCCGCAGACGUUGGCCGACCAGUCGACGAAGAUCAAGAAAGGCAGUAAAGGCGACACGAGCGUGCUGCAGCCCACACUUAUGGCGGCUGUACCGGAGAUCAUGGAUCGCAUCUACAAGAACGUGAUGACCAAGGUGGAGGAGAUGAACAGCCUGCAGCGGACGCUCUUUGUGCUGGCCUACAACUACAAGAUGGAGCAGAUCUCCAAGGGCAACAGCACACCGCUCUGUGAUGGGCUGGUCUUCCGGAAGGUGCGCUCCCUGCUCGGGGGGAAGACGCGGGUGCUGCUUUCGGGCGGGGCGCCCCUGUCGGCCGCCACGCAGCGCUUCAUGAACAUCUGCUUCUGCUGCCCGGUGGGCCAGGGCUACGGGCUGACGGAGACCUGUGGAGCGGGCACCAUCAGCGACAUGUGGGAUUAUAGUACGGGCCGUGUCGGCGCGCCUUUGGUCUGCUCUGAGAUCACACUGAAGGACUGGGAGGAGGGUGGCUACUAUAGCACAGACAAGCCCAACCCCAGAGGAGAGAUCCUGAUCGGGGGCCCCAAUGUCACCAUGGGUUACUACAAGAACGAGGCCAAGAACCAGGAGGACUUCUUCGUGGACGGGAACGGCCAGCGAUGGUUCUGCACAGGAGACAUUGGGGAGUUCCACCCAGACGGCUGCUUAAAGAUCAUCGACCGUAAGAAGGACCUGGUAAAGCUACAGGCAGGGGAGUACGUGUCUCUGGGCAAGGUGGAGGCCGUUCUCAAGAACUGCCCUUUGAUAGACAACAUCUGCGCGUACGCCAACAGUGACGAGUCUUACGUAAUUGGCUUCAUAGUGCCCAAUCAGAAGCAGCUUAUGUCCCUGGCAGAACAGAAGAGAAUCCGGGGGUCCUGGGAGGAGAUCUGCAACAACUCUGAGAUGGAGAUGGAGGUGCUGCAGAUAAUCACAGAGGCUGCCAUUGUAGCCAAGCUGGAGCGCUUUGAGAUCCCCAGGAAGAUCCGCCUCAGUGCAGAACCCUGGACCCCCGAGACGGGCCUAGUCACUGACGCCUUCAAACUCAAGCGCAAGGAGCUCAAGACUCACUAUCAGGACGACAUAGAGAGAAUGUACGGAGGGAAGUAGCGCUGCGCUCAAACCAAUGGGAAAAAAAAACCUGCCUGCUUCCUCGUCCCACCCGCUAAGACAAGCUCCGAUCAAACGGGACACUACUUGAAUCUACUUUGUACACGCGAGACCAAAAAAAAAAAAAAAGAGAGAGAACCUAAACAGAGGCCGCGUUGCAAUGUUUCCUGCACAUGAUUGGUCACUAUGUUUAAAUAUUUAUACAUGUAUAUCUUUACGACAUGUCUUCUAUAAAAUGACGUAGCAAAGAGGACCUCUGUGAGAUCAUGUCUGGGAAGGCGCAGGCUCGAGCCAGAGGUACCGGUGACAAGCGCUUGUGAAAGGAGCUGUUAGGCAGCCCAAAGUCCCGUCCCCGCCAGCACACUUUUGUCCUGCCCCUCCUCCUCAAAGGACAGCCUUCGGUCUUGCCGAGACAUGAGAUAUGAGAUAGGAAAACUGGCCACAGUGCAAUCCGUGAAGUCUGUGUCCGGGUUUGACUUUAUCCAGGGAUAUGUUGUAAACUUGAUUGGUAGUGAAUUUGUUUUUCUUGUUCCAUUCAAUGAAUAUCUUGUGUCUGAGGAUCAGUAUUACAAGCCAUGAGAGAUCAAAUGCAAAUGCUUUCUCUUUUUUCGUUUCAUUUCUAGGGUUGUUUGUGAUUGUUUCAUUUGUUUUCUGUUUCUCUAAGGACAUUCUUUUUUCCGUCUGCAUCUGGUGUAUAUGAGAGUUUAUUUUGCUUCACCCUGUCAUCGCGCCCCGGUGGUCAUCUCCAGGAGUAAUUGUUUACAAAUUUGAAAAGACAGUGCGAUUCCAUUUUAUUAUGUGAAUGGGUUAAAAUGUGCCUGCUGCAACAACGAGUGAAGCUGUAGUUCUUUUGUGAUUCCGGCAGUUAAGGAAUGACCGACGUCAAGGACAGGGUCAACCGAACUUGCAAAUAGUGAUGGGUUAUUAUGCAAGAAAAAAAGCUGUUUCACGUCUACUGACUUAAAAACAGUUACCAAAAGAUGCAGUGACACUUUGGGUCAAAUUUUCACAACACAUACCUCAAAUCACAGCAAUUUCAGGGACUGUGUCCCAUAUUGAAAUCCAGGUUUCUUAUUAGCCAAUAUUUUUAUUCCCUCAUAGGCUUGUCUUGGUUCCAUGGACCUUCCAGUGCAUGCAGAGUAAGAGAUAUGAGGAACUUAAGGGGAAUCUCGUCAGCUUUUUUUCAGCUUUGCUUUACUUUGGAAUCGCUAGGCAUGUGAGAACUAUAUUUAUUACCAUUUACUUUGCUUUCUGUUCGUAGACUUUGAAAGCAUAGCCCAUCACUAUUUUGUUACUUGAUGGCCAUGUAAAAUGUAAGGUGGAGAGGGAGGGAAUGUUACCCAGUGAAUAUGAUGUCUUUGUCUUAGAUGAAAAGAAGAAAAACACAAAGGCACUAUUUGUGUAAUUUGUGUAUUGUGCAAGAGUAGGUCCUUUUGCUAAUACACUCGCACAAUACUGUUGCUAUUAUUAUUACAAUUAUUACUGUUGUUAUCAUGUACUCUUAUGACCUAGUAAUGAAAUAUUUGAAUGUGCAAUAUACACCAAUUUCUCUCAACACCAAAAUAGACAUGUAAACACUUUCCCCCGCAGUGCAUGAAUGUUAACUCAGAAUUAAUAACAAAAAAGCGUAUGUUUUAAAUGAUACUCACAGGUUUAGACCUAUUGCAACUAUUUUCAUGUUUGUUUUGAUAAUACUUUAUAUGUACGUAUAGUGUAUACUUACAUGCAUACACACAUACAUACAUAUAGCUUAUACUUUAUAUUUUGUUAACGACUCAGAGAUGUGUUGCAUGAUCCAAUGUAAAGAACCAACAACCACAAAGUAGCACUUCUGUAGUGAGGAAUUUGUUUUGUGUGUUAAGCUUUGCAGCACUUCUUUGGUUCAUGCACAAUGAGCGAGCGUUUGGGUGCGUGUGCGUGCGCGUGCGCAUGCAUGCAUGUAUAUGUGUACACAUGCAUUGAAGUCGUUGUUUCUUUGGCGCACUUCCUGUUGUUGGACCAAACACAAGGAGAUGCAGACUGGUAGUCAUAGAGCCUUCUUUCGGUGCGGUCCUCUCAUUCCACUUUUUCCCCCCCGAUAAUGAUAAUUCUCUUCACUGCUCUUUUUAAAUUGCUCUGUUUUAAAUGGCUCCGUUUUAUUCCUGACGUCAUAAUAAACGUAAAUAAACGUCAUGGCAGUUGACACGAAGGGGAGAGAUUAUCUUAACACUCGUAGGUUGACAGCACUUGCAACAGUUUCCCAAACAAUGUGGAAUCAUGAUUACGUCUUUUUACAGCAAGAUGUCUCUAGAGAGUAUUGGUUGCCUUUUAACAUCAUAUUGAAGGGUUCAUAGGACAGAUAACAAGCUAUCUAUUCACUGUAUAUGUACAAAAGAAGUGGGUUUUAAAGUAAGGGGUUAGCCUGUUUCAAAGAGAGUAUGCGUUGUACAUUAAUUUUCCAAUUAUAAAAUGCAUUGUAACUACUGAACAUGCUAAGAGAACUGUAGAAAAAAAAAUGUAUGAAUGAUUUCCCUCCUCUUUUUCUUGUACUGUACAUAAGUCGGGGGCAGUGAUCAAAGUUCACUGGAGAUACCAGAUGUAUAAUAUCUAUUUUAAAUCUAUUUAAUCUUUGUUAUAUUGACCAGUCUGGGGUUUUCCCUCCAUAUUUGUCUGGAA